AUGGAGGCCACUAGUCCUGCAACAUCCGUUCCCUCAGUCCCGGUGGCCUGUCUAAAUUGCCGCGACAAGCAUUUAAAAUGUGACGGCAAUAUGGGGGGAUGUUCGCGGUGCAAAGCACUGAAUCUCUUUUGCCAUUUCGUACCCUCUCGCCGGGGACGGAGAGUGCGGCCAGGUCCCUACCUGACACCGAUGACGGACUGCAGUCCACAACUCGGGAACCACUUCACUGAGACUCUUCGGUCGGACUCGUCAAAUAUUGUCCACCAGAUGAAUGGGGGUUGCCCCUCGCAGGAAUCUGGCCAGAUCGAUGGACACAUGGUCACUCUCUACUACCUCCAUUUCCAUCAGGCACACCCUUUUCUUGCCCCCCAAGAGAAUUUUAUGCAAUCGUCCCCACCAGCUUACCUGAUGGAACUGGUGCAGUUCAUUAGUCUUCAUUACCUCCCCGCCGAUUAUGUCCCGGAUCAAACUAGUCGCCUACGCGCAACACUCCAAGACGCAGACCUCACCCUGGAGAAGGUACAGGCGUUUCUCCUACUAUCACUCAUCCUGCAUGCACGAACACAACCUCAGGAUGCGAAAGGAUGCCUUGCCCAGGCGAUUAGCUGCAGCCUGGAACUCGGACUUCAAUAUCGAGAAUAUUCCGCAGCGAUAGAAGAGCAGGAUCCCAUCCGUGCGGAGAGUGCACGGCGUACGUGGUGGGAAAUAUUCAUUGUGGAUACACUUCUGGCUGCGGUGCAAGUCCACGGCUCUCUUCAACUUAUGAUUGAUCCGCCGGACGUGCCACUACCCUGUGAAAUGGAUGACUACCAGGACGGCCUUCUAGGAUCCGGUACAAGUUCCAUUUGUGAGAUGGAUCGCCAAACGUAUUUUCAUCGUGAUGGAGACUUCUCAUCCUUAGCAUAUAGAGUUCAAGCAGCGUGUAUCCUGCGCAAGUGCUUACUAGCAGGUCAGAGCCAUUUCUCCCAAGUCAGGAUUGACGCGUUGGAUGCCACCAUCUCUGCAUGGUUCCAUAGACUACCCAAGCGCAAGCGCGCCGUUCUCUACAGUCAUGGUGAUUUAGAUAAGAUGAUUUUCCAGGCCACCAUGAUCAUACACUGUGCAUCGCUCUAUCUCCACUUCCCAAAGUCCCAUCUCUUAGUAUUUCUCCCAGUGAGCAGUCAGGUGUUUUGCGCGCGACCCCCGAACCUCGUAUCAGUGUCAGAGAAUCCUCACAUACAUACAGCAAAGGUGGCUAGUGCCGCGGUCCAUCUGUCUAAGCUCGCAUCUCUAUCCACCUCGGUACUCGAUCAUAGCCCAUUUUAUGUUUGUACCCUCGUCUUGAGCUCAAUAAUCCAACUGGCCAUGCUCUCGGUCGACCCAGACGAGGGGUCCCGAACGGGUCGGCAACAUCUCUCCCUUAACCUUGGGGUCCUCCGAUCCAUGGGAGACAUCUGGCCGAUUGCCGCGAUUUCAAUGGCACGCAUCCAAGAGGUAGCGGUGGAACUCGAGACGUCACUUGCCACACAGCGGAGUCAACUUUCACCAGAUCCUUUAAGCAAGCCCGGAUUGAUCGACUUCCCGGAACUAAACCUACCGAUUAUAUGA